CUGUCCGCCCCGGGACCGUCUGGCCCGCGCUGCGCUGCCCCAGCCCGGGGCCCCGGAGCCUCCAGGCCGAGAGGCUCCCGCCGGCCCCGGAGCCGCGGCCUCCGCAUGGAGGGGCCGCUCCUGCAGCCGGAGUCCCGGCAGCUGUCGGCACCGCUGCAGGGAGACGGACCCGCUGCCGUUCCGGAGCCCGGAGCCCGGCAACACCCGGGACACGAGACGGCGGCGCAGCGGUGCAGCGCCCGCCUGCUGCAAGCGGGCUACGAGCCCGAGAGGCCGAGUCUUCCCCUGGCCUCCCACCCUAGAACCCCCUUCCAAUCAGCACCGAGAGCGGUGGUGGUGGCGGCGGCGGGGCUGCCCGCGCGGUGUUUAUGUCGGGUCUCGGCGGCUCCCAGCAGCAUGGCGGACUACCUGAUCAGCGGCGGCACCGGCUACGUGCCCGAGGACGGGCUCACGGCGCAGCAGCUCUUCGCCAGCGCCGACGGCCUCACUUACAACGACUUCCUGAUCCUGCCAGGGUUCAUCGACUUCAUAGCUGACGAGGUGGACCUCACUUCAGCCUUGACUCGGAAGAUCACGCUGAAGACACCGCUCAUCUCCUCCCCCAUGGACACCGUGACGGAGGCCGACAUGGCCAUCGCCAUGGCUCUGAUGGGAGGCAUUGGUUUCAUUCACCACAACUGCACCCCGGAGUUCCAGGCCAACGAGGUGCGCAAAGUCAAGAAGUUCGAGCAGGGCUUCAUCACGGACCCAGUGGUGCUGAGCCCCUCACACACGGUGGGUGAUGUGUUGGAGGCCAAGGUUCGGCACGGCUUCUCAGGCAUUCCGGUUACGGAGACGGGCGCCAUGGGCGGCAAGCUGGUGGGCAUUGUCACCUCCCGAGAUAUCGACUUCCUCGCGGAGAAGGACCACACUACACUCCUCAGCGAGGUGAUGACACCACGCAUUGAGCUGGUGGUGGCUCCGGCGGGCGUGACCUUGAAAGAGGCAAACGAGAUCCUGCAGCGCAGCAAGAAAGGGAAGCUGCCUAUCGUCAAUGAGCGAGACGAGCUGGUGGCCAUCAUCGCCCGCACCGACCUGAAGAAGAACCGGGACUACCCUCUGGCCUCCAAGGACUCCCACAAGCAGCUGCUGUGUGGAGCAGCUGUGGGCACCCGUGAGGAUGACAAGUACCGCCUGGACUUGCUCACUCAGGCCGGGGCUGAUGUCAUAGUGCUGGACUCCUCCCAGGGGAACUCCGUGUACCAGAUUGCCAUGGUGCACUACAUCAAGCAGAAGUACCCCCACCUGCAGGUGAUUGGGGGCAACGUGGUGACAGCAGCCCAAGCCAAGAACCUGAUUGACGCUGGUGUGGAUGGGCUGCGUGUGGGCAUGGGCUGCGGCUCCAUCUGCAUCACUCAGGAAGUGAUGGCCUGCGGGCGGCCCCAGGGCACCGCCGUGUACAAGGUGGCCGAGUACGCUCGGCGCUUUGGGGUGCCUGUUAUAGCUGAUGGCGGCAUUCAGACCGUGGGUCACGUGGUCAAGGCCCUGGCUCUGGGAGCAUCUACAGUGAUGAUGGGCUCUCUGCUGGCCGCCACCACGGAGGCUCCUGGCGAGUACUUCUUCUCGGAUGGGGUGAGGCUCAAGAAGUACCGGGGCAUGGGCUCGCUAGAUGCCAUGGAGAAGAGCAGCAGCAGCCAGAAGCGAUACUUCAGCGAGGGGGACAAGGUAAAGAUAGCGCAGGGCGUGUCAGGCUCCAUCCAGGACAAGGGCUCCAUUCAGAAGUUCGUGCCCUACCUCAUCGCUGGGAUCCAGCAUGGCUGCCAGGAUAUCGGGGCCCGAAGCCUGUCCAUCCUGCGCUCCAUGAUGUACUCAGGAGAGCUCAAGUUCGAGAAGCGGACCAUGUCAGCCCAGAUUGAGGGUGGCGUCCAUGGUCUGCACUCUUACGAGAAGCGGCUGUACUGAGGACAGCGGCGCCCGCGGCGGGAGCGGUGCGCCCUCUGGUGCCCGUUCAGGCACGGCCUCCCUGCAUAGCUGAGCGGCCCACAGAUUUGCACUACGAGCCCCGAGCUCCUUGUCCAGGAGAGGAAAGAGCGGCCGGCCCUGAGGGGUCCGUGACCCCUGGCUGAGCAUCCUUG